ACCAGCGGCAAACCUGUGUGUGCUGGUUAUGAAUCACAGCAUGCAGUGAAGUAUGUGCCAGCUAUGAAAUCACAGCGGUGUGUUUUUUUAAAGACUGAAGUCGCUUUAUGACAGUGGACUGGAACCGUGUUAGCAGGCUCACCAACCGCCUUGACCGUGUAGAGUGGAAAUGAUCGUGUGUAUGCGUUUUAUGUGAUGGCAGAGCUCCCGUCUGGACUGCUGGAGGCAUGUGUCGUGGUCGGAGCCCCCAGUGAUAAGCUUCGAGACAUACAACAUUUUCAGGGGAAGUCAUAUGAGCCCCCUCUACUGGAAGCUGAGGUACUGCAGGUUCAUGCCCCGCCCUUUGUUUCCAAGGAGACUAACUCAAGCCAUGUGAUUGGUCCAGCUUUCAGCCGCGUCCAGAAGAGGAGGAGCUUUAUCAAAAAAAAAAGACGACCUAAAGAGACAGAGAUUAAUGGAGAAUCAACUAAUCGAGCUGAGGUGUCAUCAGCAACAGAGGACAUCAGUGUUCCAAAGGAUCUGGAUCUCAUUGCUUUGCCACAGCUCUGUUUUCCUGGUGGUCUUCAGUUAGCCACUGAGCAGAAAGAGGACAGUUAUCACUUCCUGGUUUUUACCGACUUGUUUGGCAACCGAACCCAUGGAGCUGUUGUGCAGUACUACAGAGCUGUACAGUCUUGCCAAGAGGGUGUUGUUCAAAAUGGCCAUAGAUGGAACUCCAAGUCUCGCCUCUUUGUACCCUUUGCUGUGUGCAUCAUCUCCAAGUUCCCUUACUACAAUGCCUUGAAAGACUGCUUGUCAUGUUUGCUAGUCCAGUUGCGGACUGCACGACAAUCUGACUUUGAGGACACAGUCAAGGAGUUUUCAGCCAAGCUUUCCCUGGUGCCCUUACCCCCUCCUGGACAGCUACAUGUGUCUUUCAGUCUUCGUCCUCUUCAAGUGGUUCUCCCAUCCAGAGAAGAUCAGGACAGCCCUGUUAUUGACCUUGACCUUCAUCUACCACUCCUCUGUUUCACUCAUACAACACUGCUCCAGGUGCUCUCCUGCCUCCUUCAAGAACAGAGGAUGGUCUUCUUUUCCUCUGACUGGGCCAGACUCACUCUGGUUGCAGAGAGUCUGCUACUGUACCUGCAGCCGUUGUCUUGGCAGCAGCCUUAUGUUCCUGUCCUGGCAAGAGGAAUGUUAGACUUCCUGAUGGCGCCUACUGCUUUCCUGAUGGGCUGUCAUAUAAGUCAUUUUGAAGAGGUUGCUGCAGAGACAGAGGACCUAAUCCUUGUUAAUCUUGAUGAUGGCACCAUUCAGCCGUUGUGGUCUGAAGCCAUCGACCUACCUGCCAUCCCGCUGGCUGCUGCAGAGAGCUUUAUGUCAAGGGCAGAGUGCCUCCAGCUUCACUACGACUUGGAGUUGUGUCACCUGGGAGCGGGUACUGAUGUCAAUGCCCUUCGAUCCCAGCGCAGAGACUGGCAGAGAAGGCUUAACUCACAGAUACAAAACAUUGCCCUGGAACUAGUGGUCAACAUCUUCAAAGGGGUCCAGGACUUUCUCAACCACGAGCACAGAGUUUUUAACAGUGAAGAAUUCCUGAGAACGAGGGAGCCGACAGAUCAGUUGUUUUACAAGAAGGUAUUAGAAACUCAUAUCUUUCACUCAUUCCUGCGAGACAGGCUGAACAGGAAACGGGACUCCUUCAGCCGCAUGGAGCUAAACCUGCAUAACCCUUCACACAGGCAUCGUGUUAUGACAGAGUCUCCCUGUCGUCCUCCAAUGUCUGAGUUGUCCAAGAGUGGCUACAGAAACAACACCAGUCCUGCCCACAUACUGAGCAAAAGAUUGGGAGCCAGUCUGCCUAAUCUAGAGCAGCCUUCCAGUGAUACUACAGCCUUUACAUUCAUCAACUUCAACGGGCCACACUCGCUUAGGAGGAUGACUCCUGAUAUUGGGUUAAAGUCUCCAACGUUACCUGUGAAAGUUUUCCGUCUCCCUGAGUUCCCACCACCGCUGGCCUAUCAUUAUGUCCAGAACUAUUAUUCUGACAUGGUUGCUUCACUGGGGAAGGCUAUUAAUGCUACACCACUUGAUGAAUCAGCCUUGUUGGCCAGGUACCAUUACCUCCGUGGUUUGGUAAACACUGUGUCCAACAAGCAUCUUAAUGCUUUAGAGGAUUUCCAGAGUCUUUACAAGACAGAUGCAGAAAUCUUCCCUUCUCAGAUGGUUAAGACUUUGGUGGACUCUUUGCCAGAAGCUGAACGUUUACAGGCGGACAGACGACCAGAGCUCAAACGCCUUAUCAGCCGGGUUAAAAGAGACCAGGAGCGGGAACGUGCAUGUCAGGGCAACAGGCAAGAGGAAGGCGCCGUGAAGCGCUUCCAGCUGCCAAAAAAAUACAUGCAGCUGGAAGAGUUUGUGAAAUGUGUUCAGGAGUCUGGCAUUGUAAAAGACCAAGGAACCAUUCAUAAACUCUUUGAUGCUCUAACUGUGGGUCAUCAGAAGCAGGUUGGUCCUGACUUAUUCAGGGUGUUUUACACCAUCUGGAAGGAAACUGAGGCUGAGGCUCAAGAGGUGUGUCUGCCAGCGUCUGUGUUAGAACACAUCGAGGCCAGUGAACGCGUCUUCAAGCUGUCAUCCUCCGUUAAGACGAGCCGCGGUGUGGGGAAGAUCGCCAUGACCCAACGGAGGCUCUUCCUGCUGACUGAUGGGCGACCCGGAUAUGUGGAGGUGGCGCAGUACCGAGAUUUAGAGGAGGUGAAGGUGUCCUCGGCUCCCUUCCUACUCCUGAGAAUCCCCAGUCUGAAGCUGCGUGUUCAUGGAAGGAAGGAGGCAUUCGAGGGCAAUUUGAAAACAGAAACUGAGCUUUGGAACCUGAUGGUCAAAGAGAUGUGGGCUGGGCGACUAAUAGCUGACCAACACAAGGAUCCCCAGUACAUGGAGCAGGCUCUGACCAACGCCCUGUUGAUGGACGCUGUGGUGGGAAGCCUUCAGAGCAGUAAAGCCAUCUAUGCAGCUUCAAAGCUGGCUCACUUUGAUCGUAUCAGGGUGGAAGUUCCGAUGAUGAUUCCCAAGACAACCUCAGAAACACUUAAGCACAAAAUUAACCCUUCACUGGAACUUGCUGCACCACAGGCUGUGGAUGUACUGCUUUAUACACCAGGUCAGUUAUGGGUGUCUGUGGGUGAGGGGAAGGUGAUGGUGUUUGAUCCCUCCAGCUGGUCCCUCACACACACCUGUCAAGUUGGGAAUGCAAGGCUGAACUGUAUGCUGGGAGUUGACAAGGAUCAGGUCUGGAUGGGCUCUGAGGACUCUGUUAUCUACAUUAUCAGUAUGGUGGCCAUGGUCUGCAACAGACAGCUGACUGAACACAGGGCGGAGGUCACUGGACUGGCACUCGACACUGAAAAAUACAGCCAAAAGGUGGCGUAUUCCUGCAGUAAAGAAGGCGCCGUCAUGGCGUGGGAUGUUUCUACAUUACAGGUUAAGAGGCACUUCAGGCUCUCCUGUGAUUGUCUGCAGUCUGUUCACAUCUGUAAUGGAGCUCUCUGGUGUUGUGCGAGGGACAGUAUAAUGGAGGUGUGGAGGAACGGCUCAUUAAAACACCGUAUGAAUUUGCCAGACCAACAAAGAGCCAAAAUUAGCUCUGUGCUGCUCUUAACUGAGAGAAAGGAGAUGUGGAGUGUGUGUGGAGACUCAGCAGAAGUGUGCAUUUGGUACAUUAAAGACACUAGCAAGCCGUUCCACCGCAUGACAUUACAGGACUGCACCGGAUGCUACUGCAUGAUUAAAGUUAAAAACCAGGUGUGGGUUGGGGGUGUUGGUCGCAGUUCAACCAAAGGAAAGGUUUACAUCAUUGACACAGAGCGCUAUGAGGUUCUGAAGGAACUCCACGGCCACAGUGACAAGGUGACGGCGCUGUGCUCAGCUGAAGACCGAUACGUCCUCAGUGGAGCUGGAAAACAUGAUGGAAAGAUCGCCAUCUGGAAAGCUGAAUAGAGAGAACUGGAACUUCUUAAAGCUGGAGAUCUGCUAAGACAUGAACCAUAAAGGAUCUCAGAAACCUGGAAAACUAAAGGGAAACUCUGCACUGAGAGAAGCAUCUCAAUCUGUUUCGCGGGUAUAUGAAGGAAUCAUCUGUUGGUCAUGUGAACCAACAUGUUUACAUAUAGUAUCAUCUGUAGUGCAGCUUUUCCUGCUUGUAAUGAAAACUAGCACUGACAGAACUGACAGUAUUUGUCAGUAAGAUGAAGGAUAAGUGACUGAAACGCAGACUGAGCUCAAGUUCUCCUUGAUAGUAUUUAAUUCAAAGUGCCUCACUUUUCUAAAGCUUUAUAGAUAGGAUGUACUGGAAAGACAAGUGAGAACAAUGUGUGACUGAGCCUCAGCUCCAGCUGUGUUUGAGAAGAAAAUCUGUAUCUCAGAGGAGUCAAACUACCAUGAAAACAAAGCUGAGGUUGGAGAUCUCACCCUCACUGUUGGAAAGCCCCAAAGAAGUUUGUUUAGAUAGAAAUGAUGCUUUAAUUGAUGUGUAAUAUGAUCACACAUGGUGAUGGGAACUGGACUUGAGGAAUAGGUGUAUGUCAGAGAAUCUCUACAAAAACAUGCCAUAGUCCUGAAAUAUGUUGAAACACACAGAAUAAGUCUACAGUAGUCACAGGAUUAGCCAGUUACUUGUCUCAUUAUUGUUUUUGUUUACUUUCCUGUAAGAACCUGCUGUGCUAGCAGUUCCCUCUGAAGAAGACCAGCAAAAACAAUAUAUUAACCUCAAUAAUUUUAAACAUUCACUUUUUUAUUCAAACUUUGCACGUUAAAAUGUAUUUAUAUUCUCUAGAUGCUCGUUUUCUUGCUAAAUGUUUAUCUCGCAAUAGUGUUAUUUGUAUUACUGAAACUGAUUCUCCACAUAUGGAGAGCACAAGGUUUUUCCUCAUAUUUUAUUUUUUCCCAACACUUUAAAAACAAUUUAAAAAGUUCCUUUGUUCCUUGGAUAACAGUUUUUACAUUUUGGACACAUUGUCAUCUGGGGUUCAAAGUUUCUACUUUUUAUUAUAAUAUUUAUACUGUAUAUAACCAAAGAACACAACAUGGAUCUUGUUUAUAACCUGAAAUGACAGUGGAACAACUCAACAACUUUAUUUAUUUAUAUGUUUUUUUGUUUUAUUAACUUUUGUAAUACUUGACAAGAAACUGUAUUUUCUAUCCAAGACCAUUAACACAAACAUUUAACAAGCAGUCAAUAUACUUUCAUAAAGGAACCAUUGAGAUUGUUGUCUUUUUUUAGGAAGCUUAAGAUUACUUCCUUUAAAUUUUAUUAUUUUAAUGCAACAAAGACUGACUACACCCAUAGCACAAUUCUCUCAUAAUGCAGCAAAAAUGCUUGUUUUAAGGGAUGACAGGCAACAAAGGUGGGAAAACUUUUAUUUUUUUAAUUAAAGCAACACUACAUAAGUUUCCCACCUUAAAACUCUGCUUCUGACUCAUUUUGGUGGCACACAGACAUUCAUUAUACACAAUCGCAAGAAAAGAGUCAAUACUGACUUUUAGUCGCUGGAGAGCGCUCAGAGAAGAGACAGGGUGCAAAGGGACGUUGAAUUAGCCUUGGUUAGGGGAUGCUAAAGGGGUAAAAUCUGUUUUAGCACAGCUUAAAAUUAGCUCAAUGGAAUUUUAAAAUCACACACCUGUCCCAGAGCAACAUACUGUAAGCAAGACAAAUUUUCACUUGUAACAUUUUUUAUGUAUUUCCCAGAGUUCACCACAAGAGGGCGUUGUUUGAUAAUAAAGAUGCAGAGGAUAAAGUCUGCGGUUAAGAUCUGAGAGCAAUUUUAUCAACUAGAAAAAAAUAAACAUGGUUCAAACUAUAUUUGAUUUUUAAUCUCUAUUAACUUUUUUUUAAGACAUUAAAAGCAUUUCUGAGAGGCUGAAGCCAUGAAACUGUGAACUGAAAUUAAAUGAGAGGUACUUUUUAACCCCCUGAAGAAAAUUCUAACAUUAUCUGGCUAUAUAUCCUAAACCGUUAACAUGGAGUUAAUAGUUUUAUGUUCUGAUAAAUUUUCAGUAAAUUAUUGAACAUAGAAAAUUUACUGUUGCUGCCAUGUUAAUGAAGUCAGUGAUUAAUUUAUACUCGAAAAAUCAUGUAAUUAUGAUUUAAAGCAUGCUGCCGGACAUG